AAAACCAAGCGGCAGUCGACGGCGACGGCGACAGCGUGCUACAAAAGCCAUUGCGAGCGUCUACGCGGCGCUCGAAAAACACAGGAAAACUGCUGAAAAAAUUCGAAAAACCGACACGACAUCGAGAAAAGUCCUCUAUCCGAAGACCAGACUUCCACAGUUCUCCACUUAUACAAUCUACGCACCGUUUUUUUUGGGAAAUUCCGUUCUGAGUUCGUAUUUUUUGCAGUGAGUGAGUGUGCGCGGUUUUUUUCGCCAUAUAAAGGGCACUUUUCGAAAACCGAAUUAUUUGAGGCACUGUUUGCGCUGCAUUCGAGAACCUGUUCCAUGCAAAUUCUACGGCCACCUGGCAGCUGAUUCAAAAAUAAUACAACCCCGAAUCGAGGAGAAGAAGCAGCCCCAAAACAACAACACACAUGCUGUGACAAAAAAAUAAAGCGGAGAGAAAGAAAACAAAAAGCUAGAAGACGAGCCUGGAAAGACAACGGAAUUUUGCUUGAUAUGCAUCGAAAGCUGAAGGGCAAGAGAAUUCGAAACAAGUCAAGAACCGGCAAGAGAAAGCUAAGAACCCUUUUGCAAUUCGGGAAGAAGUAACCACACUGCCCGGAGGAGAUCCGCAUCCAACUAAAGAUUUCUUGCCCACCGAGAGCUCCGAAAUAGUGCCAAGAUGUACAAGUUGCUGGGUAGCCUGAAGAGCUACCUCAAGUGGCAGGACAUCCAGACGGACAACGCCGUCUUCCGGCUGCACAACUCCUUCACCACGGUGCUCCUGCUCACCUGCAGCCUGAUCAUCACCGCCACCCAGUAUGUGGGCCAGCCCAUCAGCUGCAUCGUCAACGGAGUUCCGCCGCACGUGGUCAACACGUUCUGCUGGAUCCACAGCACCUUCACCAUGCCGGAUGCCUUCCGCAGACAGGUUGGUCGUGAGGUUGCCCAUCCCGGUGUGGCCAAUGAUUUUGGCGACGAGGAUGCCAAGAAGUACUACACCUACUACCAGUGGGUGUGCUUCGUACUCUUCUUCCAGGCCAUGGCCUGCUAUACGCCCAAGUUCCUGUGGAACAAAUUCGAGGGCGGCCUGAUGCGCAUGAUUGUGAUGGGUCUGAACAUCACGAUCUGCACUCGCGAGGAGAAGGAGGCGAAGCGCGAUGCCCUGCUGGACUAUCUGAUCAAGCACGUGAAGCGCCACAAGCUGUACGCCAUUCGGUACUGGGCCUGCGAGGUCCUCUGCUGCAUCAACAUCAUUGUGCAAAUGUAUCUGAUGAACCGCUUCUUCGACGGCGAGUUCCUCUCGUACGGCACCAACAUCAUGAAGCUGUCGGAUGUGCCGCAGGAGCAGCGGGUGGACCCCAUGGUCUAUGUGUUCCCGAGGGUAACCAAGUGCACCUUCCACAAGUACGGUGCCUCCGGUUCGCUCCAGAAGCACGACUCCCUGUGCAUCCUGCCGCUGAACAUUGUGAACGAGAAGACGUACGUGUUCAUCUGGUUCUGGUUCUGGAUUCUGCUCGUCCUGCUCAUCGGACUGAUAGUGUUCCGUGGCUGCAUCAUCUUCAUGCCGAAAUUCCGGCCACGCCUUCUGAACGCCCGCAAUCGCAUGAUUCCCAUGGAGAUCUGUCGCUCGCUGUCCCGGAAACUGGACAUCGGCGACUGGUGGCUCAUCUACAUGCUGGGCCGCAAUCUCGAUCCGGUCAUCUACAAGGAUGUGAUGAGCGAGUUUGCCAAGCAGGUGGAGCCCUCCAAGCACGAUCGUGCCAAGUAGACCAGAUAUAUCAGAUAUACCAGAUACGCAUACGAUAUCCAUGAGACGAUGCCCCCGAGAUAUAUCAAUACCCUGCCUCUGAAAUCCAACCCCUUCAAUUUUUCCGAAACCAAGUUCCGAAUUCUGUUUUGGACUAUUAUUUUUAUUUUUAUUUAGCACAAAUCAUACUACUUAGUUGAAACUCAGACCAGGACAGACCCUUUUGUAGUUCUGUGAUUAGGCCCUGACCUAUGAGCCCCUUCCCCUUGACCCUUACCCCUCACCCAGCCCCGAAUCUAUCAUAAAUAUGAAUUAAUCAAUGAUCACAACUCGAAUCGCUUGGCAGAAAAGACAAUUUUUAUUUUUAUUUUUUUUUGAUUUUCCAUCAAUUAUAACAAGACAUACAAAAAAAGAUGAGAUUUUCCUUGUGUUUUUUUUUCUGCAAACAAAAUCAUUUUUUUUCCUAAUUUUAAACUCUAAUUUAAUGCCUAGUUCUUAUUUAUAAAUAGACAACAUCACUAAAACCAGAAUGAGAAUCCCCAAAAAAAGAAAUAACAAGAAGAGAUACUAUUUUUGCAUGAUAUUUUGACCUCGGAACCGACCGAUAUGAUAAAAAAAAUAAAUAUUGCUUUGAGUCUUUCAUAAUAAUUAAUAAUAUUAAACAC